UAUUAAUAGGAGUAGCUAAGCUGUCCCUUUUCUCUCAUUAUAACCACUAACAGAAAAACCCAUUGAUACCUUUCCUUGGCCUUCUUCUUUUCAAUUUAAAGACUUGUUUCUUGCUUAUAUCCAUUAUUACUUCUAAACCUUUCUUUCUUCCUCUCAAUUUUCUUGUUUUCUUUUUCAAGAAAAUCUAAAUAUGGUUGCCUUGGUUUCCCAAGAAAAUAAUGUUCUUCCUUUGGUUUCUCGUACUGGUAGACAUUUGCAGCGUUACAGUAAAGGCGGUCGUCGCCAAGUUGUUGGGUGUAUACCAUAUAGAUAUAAAACUGAGAAAAAAGAUUCCUUGAACAUUGAAGAAGAAGGAUUUGAAGUUCUUGUGAUUAGUUCACAGAAAGGAAAAGGAAUGCUAUUUCCUAAGGGAGGUUGGGAAUUGGAUGAAACUAUAGAACAGGCAGCGUCAAGAGAAACAGUAGAGGAAGCUGGAGUAAGAGGCAUUGUUGAGUGUGAAUUAGGCAAAUGGAGUUUCAAGAGCAAAACACAUGAUACUUAUUAUGAAGGAUACAUGUUCCCUUUACUUGUUCAGGAGCAAUUAGAUUUCUGGCCUGAGAAAAAUGUUCGUGAAAGGAAAUGGAUGAGUGUCGCAGAUGCAAGAGAAUGCUGUCAACAUUGGUGGAUGAAGGAAGCUUUAGAUCUAUUAGUUAAUCGUCUUAUUUCACAGGAACAACUUGAAGAAGGAGAAGUGAGGUCUUGCUUUGAAGAGGCUACAAGAGCAACAUCCAGAAUUUGUAAAUAGGCAAAUUGUUGAGGAAUUCAGCUAUUAGAGGGCUUUUUAGGACAGAAUAUGUGGAAAAGGUUUAUAGUAGGAAUUGAAAUGAACAAGAAAGUGUUUCUUGGUUUCUUUUGUUUUUGCAUAUUCUUGUUUUCGCUUUCUUGGAGUUUCAGUUCUGAAUUCUUGUUAGGUGUUUGUUUAGUGGGAAAACUAGAAAAAAGUUGGAUCAAGAAGAGAAAAAGAUGUUGAUGACAUUGUACAACAUUUUUUCUAUAUGCAAAGAAUCUUCGAAGGAAAAUUUCAAUUUUGUCUGAUUUUUUAA